GAUGCUACAGCCAUUGCAGUUUCUUUUCCUGUGGGAUGAACCUGUGGCGGUCGAACUAUAAGAAAAGGGGAAAGAAAACGAAAUGAAGGAAAAAUCGAAAAAUGCCGCCCGGACUAGACGGGAGAAGGAAAAUAGUGAAUUUUACGAACUGGCGAAAUUAUUGCCACUUCCAUCAGCCAUCACCUCCCAACUCGACAAAGCUUCUAUCAUAAGACUGACAACUAGUUAUUUGAAAAUGAGAGUGGUUUUCCCUGAAGGAUUAGGAGAUGCCUGGGGCCAGCCCAGCCGCACAAGCCAACUGGAUAACGUCGGUCGGGAACUCGGAUCGCACCUGUUACAGACACUCGAUGGCUUCAUCUUUGUGGUGGCUCCUGACGGCAAAAUCAUGUACAUCUCUGAAACCGCGUCAGUGCACUUGGGAUUAUCACAGGUAGAACUAACUGGAAACAGUAUUUAUGAGUACAUCCACCCAGCUGAUCAUGAUGAGAUGACAGCAGUUCUAACAGCUCAUCAGCCAUACCACUCUCACUUUGUUCAAGAAUAUGAAAUUGAACGAUCCUUUUUUUUGAGAAUGAAAUGUGUCUUGGCAAAGAGGAAUGCAGGGUUAACCUGCGGAGGUUACAAGGUUAUCCACUGCAGUGGCUAUCUAAAGAUUCGCCAGUACAGCCUGGACAUGUCGCCCUUUGAUGGCUGUUAUCAGAACGUUGGUUUGGUAGCUGUUGGCCACUCACUGCCCCCGAGUGCAGUCACAGAAAUCAAGCUGCAUAGCAAUAUGUUUAUGUUUCGUGCCAGCCUCGAUAUGAAACUUAUAUUUCUAGAUUCCAGGGUAGCUGAAUUGACAGGUUAUGAACCUCAGGACCUAAUAGAAAAAACCCUUUAUCAUCAUGUCCAUGGAUGUGACACAUUUCACUUGCGCUGUGCUCAUCAUUUGCUGCUUGUCAAAGGGCAGGUCACAACAAAAUAUUACCGUUUCCUUGCAAAGCACGGAGGCUGGGUAUGGGUUCAGAGCUACGCAACGAUAGUUCACAACAGCAGGUCCUCUAGACCUCACUGCAUCGUCAGCGUCAACUAUGUUCUCACGGAUGCAGAAUACAAAGGAUUGCAACUCUCACUUGAUCAAGUAGCAGCAACAAAACCAUCAUUCACUUAUGCAAAUUCGACUCCAACCAUCACUGACUCAAGAAAAACCAGCAAGUCCCGUCUUACCCGAACAAAAUCAAAACCAAGGUCAUCCCCUUACCCUCAGUAUUCUGGAUUUCACACUGAACGCUCCGAAUCAGACCAUGACAGCCAGUGGGGUGGAAGCCCAUUAACAGAUACUGCCUCCCCACAAUUACUAGAUCACACAGAGGGCUCUCAGCCCCACUCUCAGCACAAUGACAUCUCCUGUGCCUAUGGACAAUUCUCUGACAGAAAUUCCCUGUGCUAUGGCUUUGGCCUUGACCACUCCAGAACUGCGGAGGAAAGGCCGUCCCACUUUCACACGUCCUUGUGUGAUGGAGGGAGGUGCGAAGCUGGCAGAUACUUUCUUGGCGGCCAGCAGUCUGGGAGAGAAGGUUGGUGGAGCACUUCCCGUAUGGCAUUGGCUCUGACAAAGUCGUCUCCUGAAAGCAGAGAGGGAUAUGAAAACAAUGUGCCACAUAUAGCUUCUAUUCCCAGUAUUCACGGAAGAGGGCGCUGGGAUGAAGAGAGUGUUGUCAGUUCACCAGACCCUUGUUCUGCCAGUGAGUCUGGGGACAGGUACCAUAAUGAAAAGUACCAGAGCAGCCCUCAGGAGCCAAGCAAAAUUGAAACUCUGAUAAGAGCCACGCAGCAGAUGAUCAAAGAGGAGGAGAGCAGGCUCCAACUGAGAAAAAUGACCUCAGAGCAAUUGCAACCCAUGAACGGAGUGGGCAAGAUCCACAGUGCUUGCUUCAACAUGAGUUACCAGCAGCAGCAACAACAGCAACAGUUGUCCAACAUUGUCUGCCGCCCUCUGCCCAUGGCCAACAGCUCUCCUGGUGAUCACCUCCAGCAAAGAGAUGGGAAGAUCAUGAGCCCUCAUGAAAAUGAAUACAAUAACAGCCCUGUUUCACUGUCUAGGUUGAGCAGUCCAAGUUCUGACCGAAUCUCCAAGACAGGCCUAGGAAAAGACUAUAUGCCAUCUGACAUGUCCCCUCAUCAAACAGAGGCAAACUGUGCAUCAUCCCCUAACUAUUACUCCGCCCAUCACAGGCAGUACUUUGACAAGCACACGUAUGCACUGACUGGAUAUGCCUUUGAGCAUCUCUAUGACACUGAAACGAUUAAAAAUUACUCUUUGGGCUGCAAUGGCGCACACAUUGACGUGACUUCUCACUUGCGAAUGCAGCAGGAUCCAACUCAUGCCCACAAGGGCACAUCAGUAAUAAUCACCAAUGGAAGCUGAUGGUUUAAUUGCAAUAGGCUUUACAGUGCAAAAACAAGUGCGGUUUGCUGGCUUGAAAACGAACAAUCAGACAUAGAUGCACUCUUCUCGUCAGUGCCAGUCCUGUGCAUAGCAAUUCUGCACUACACUUAUUCCACCCUUCCCUCCUUCAUGACGUUUGAGAUUCAGUGCAGUGUAUGAAAUACACACUGAUACGCAAGGUGCACUACAGACUAGUCGGAGUCAACCAGAUCUGGUGUAAUUCAUGUUGCAUGACAAUUUGGUUACAACAAAGUUGAA